AUGGGGAAGAUCACCUUCUACGAGGACCGCGGCUUCCAGGGCCGCUGCUACGAGUGCAGCACCGACUGCCCCAACCUGCAGACCUACUUCAGCCGCUGCAACUCCAUCCGCGUGGACAGCGGCUGCUGGAUGCUCUAUGAGCGCCCCAACUACCAGGGCUACCAGUACUUCCUGCGGCGCGGGGACUACCCCGACUACCAGCAGUGGAUGGGCUUCAGCGACUCCAUCCGCUCCUGCCGCUCCAUCCCUUACACCAGCUCUCACAGGAUAAGGCUGUAUGAGAGAGACGACUACCGAGGCCUUGUGUCUGAGCUCACGGAAGACUGUCCCUGCAUCCACGAUCGCUUCCGCCUCAAUGAGAUCUACUCCCUGCAUGUGCUGGAGGGCUGCUGGAUCCUCUACGAGAUGCCCAACUACCGGGGCCGGCAGUACCUGCUCAGACCGGGAGACUACAGGCGCUACCACGACUGGGGCGCCAUGGAUGCCAAAGUCGGCUCCCUGAGAAGGGUCAUGGAUUUGUACUAA